GAACUUACGGGGGCAGCAUCCGGUGAAUUUAGCCACCGGGACACAAAAACGAGAAAUACCUGAGUUUGCCUGACUUGAGGCACGGAGGGAGGGCUGAACAUGUUACCCAGGUGGCUCACCGUCAAGCCGAACCGACUCUCCAACCGCGGCAGAGCUCAGCAAGCUUCUCGUCUCGCUGAUUAGCCAGCUAGCCGUAAGCUUUCCCCCUUUAACCCGGAGCGGCAGCGGCAGCAGCUGUGACAACAAAAACCGAGCAAGCCGGGCAAACCGAGCUGUCAGCGACCAGCUCGGCGAAAAGGACCCUCGAAAUCAAGCAGCUUCGCCUAAUAGGCUGUCAGCUUUGCUGCUAGACUGCUUUAGAGUUGUCGACUUGCGUCCUGCCGUGAGUGGUUAAAGGGAAACCCCGUAAAAUACGGAUAAUAUCGCCCCGCAACAAACACACGAGCUUGUUCUGCCGCGUCUGUAGCUGAGCAGAAACCCGGUGCUCAGGUGAUGUUAACUGACAGCGCUGUUGCCUUUUAACUGUCUGUAAGGUUAGUUUCAGAGCAGGGGACGUAGCUGGGGUGGUGUAGUCUGACAGCAGCCCAUCCUGGCUGGCUGUGUUCAGCCGCUUCUCCUUCCUCCGGCUUCUCCUUCCUCCAUGCCUUCCACGCUUGUUUAACUUGGAGGCUUGAGUCUGUGUACUUUGUGGCGAGUGGCAUGCCAGCGUGUCAGGUAGGUUCGGGACGUGUGGAAGCGGCCAGGUGUGGCAAGGCGAGCUGGUGAAGGAAGAAUAAAAGCGCCUUAUUUCCUCCUUUAAGCUCCACGUUGUUCUCUUUCAGGCCAUUGUGCAUUUCAAAGCAAAGGAACCACCAAAGGACUGCUUAGAACUUCCUUACUGAAGCCUUCUGUCAUGGGCCUCUGACAGGUGAAGGAGUGAGUCUGACCAGGUGGAGCUUGGCCACCCUGCUUCAGCGAUGCGUUCGUACCAUUUUUAAGGCAGUGUAGAGUUCAGGGAGUGACUUGCUGAGUACAAUCAUGGUUAGAGGCUGCCUGUCGUGACACCGAGUUAUAUAAGAGUCGUGUGGAGGUUGUGGAUGUUUCGUCGGGCGAUGAUGUCGCCCGCUUUUGUGCUGCUGCUGCUGCUGGGCUUCUCCGUCCGGCUCUCUCAAACCAUGACCAGAGACGAGAAGCACAGACUGAGGAAUCAGGUGGUGGAGAUGUUUGACCACGCUUAUCAGAAUUACAUGGACCAUGCCUACCCAGCAGAUGAGCUGAUGCCUUUAACGUGCCGAGGUCGGGUACGAGGGUUGGAGCCCAGUAGAGGAGACGUGGACGACGCUCUGGGGAAGUUUUCUCUCACCCUCAUCGACACUCUUGAUACUCUGGUGCUGCUGAAUAAGACGGCGGAGUUUGAGGAAGCUGUGAAAAGGGUGCUGAAGGACGUCCGUCUGGACAAUGAUAUUGUGGUGUCAGUCUUUGAGACCAACAUUCGAGUGCUGGGUGGGCUGCUGGGGGGACACUCGAUGGCAGUGAUGCUGAAAGAGAGAGGAGAGCGUAUGCUCUGGUAUCAGGACGAACUCCUGCACAUGGCCAAAGACCUGGGGAUUAGAUUACUGCCUGCAUUCAACACCAGCAGCGGCCUGCCUUACCCCAGAGUCAACCUGCGCCAUGGAGUUCAGGGUCCUGAGACUCGAACAGGCACUGAGACGGACACCUGUACCGCCUGCGCCGGCACCAUCAUCCUGGAGUUUGCCGCUCUGAGCCGCUUCACCGGUGACCCUGUGUUUGAGGCCCAUGCAAGGCGAGCUAUGGACUUCCUGUGGGAGAAAAGACAAAGAAACAGCAACCUAGUGGGAAAAACCAUCAAUAUCCACUCUGGAGAGUGGGUUUGCAGGGACAGUGGCGUAGGAGCAGGCAUUGACUCAUACUACGAGUACCUCUUGAAGGCUUACAUUCUUCUAGGAGACGACCAGUUUCUUCAGCGCUUCAACAUUCACUAUGCGUCCAUAAUGAAGUACAUUAGCCAGCCUCCCCUGCUGCUGGACGUUCACAUCCACAAACCCCUGCUGCCCGCCCGCACGUGGAUGGACUCUCUACUUGCUUUCUUCCCUGGUCUGCAGGUGUUGAAAGGGGAUAUCCGGCCAGCUAUUGAAACCCAUGAAAUGCUGUAUCAAGUCACCAAAAAACACAACUUCCUUCCUGAGGCGUUCACUACGGAUUUCAGGGUACACUGGGCACAGCAUCCUCUGAGGCCAGAAUUUGCUGAGAGCACUUACUUCCUUUAUAAGGCUACGAGGGACCCAUAUUACUUGGAGGCAGGACGCACUGUUCUGGAGAACCUGAACCGCUUUGCUCGCGUCCCCUGUGGCUUUGCUGCCAUGAAGGACGUCCGCACAGGAAGCCAUGAGGACCGCAUGGACUCGUUUUUCCUGGCGGAGACAUUUAAGUACCUGUUCCUGCUGUUUGCUGAGGAGGAUGAUUUGCCCUUUGAUGUGGAGGAUUAUGUCUUCACCACUGAAGCUCACCUGCUUCCUCUCUCUCUCUCCAUGGCCCUGCGCUCAGACCUGCCCACUACAGACAACUCCACGGCAACAGAAGAACUUGAUGACUCAAACUUUGAAUGGACAUGUCCCAACACCCGCCUUCUUUUCCCUGACCCCGCCUACCCACGCAACUUUAGGGAACCAAUCAGGAGUGCUGUGGACAAGAGUUGUCCUCGUCCUGCCCUCCCUCGGGAGCCUGGAAUUGGUCGUGCUCCGCUUAGGGCUCAGGACUUCAUGGCUAAUAACCCAGAGCACCUGGAGCUCCUGAGAAGAAUGGGGGUCAAUCUGAUCCACCUGAAAGAUGGCAGAGUGCAGCUCGUUCAGCACGCUACCCAAGCCGUGAGCGCCGUGGCUGCUGAAGACGGGAUGCGCUUCAUGCAGGAAAUGAUGGAGCUGUCCAGCCAGCAGCAGAAAGAGCAGCUUCCUCCUCGCGCCGUGCAGAUCAUAUCACAUCCCUUCUUCGGCAGAGUGGUACUGACCGCUGGACCAGCACAGUUUGGAAUGGACCUUUCAAAGAGCAACUUGGGGGUGCGGGGCUUUGUGACGGUAGCUGAGCCGUAUACUGGCUGUUCAGAGUUGAGCAAUGCUGAGUUUGUGGCUGGCCGUAUUGCUCUGCUGCAGAGGGGUCAGUGCAUGUUUGCUGAGAAAGCCAGAAACAUCCAGAAGGCUGGAGCCAUCGGAGGCAUCGUCAUAGAUGACAACGAGGGCAGCAGCAGUGACACGGCACCGCUCUUCCAGAUGGCAGGAGAUGGCAGGAGCACUGAUGACGUCACUCUGCCUCUCCUCUUCCUGUUCCACAAAGAAGGGAACAUCCUGCUGGAGGCGCUGAAGGAGCACAGGGAGGUGGAGGUGCUGCUGAGUGAGAAAGCGCGAGAUAGAGAAGCCAUAUUUAAAGGGAAAGCCCUGCCAGGCGCCCUGUUGGAUGGCAGUGGGGACGAAACCGAAGAAGAGGACUGCUGCACAGAGGACCACAGCUCCCCCGCCCCCUCAGCAGACUCUGACCAAUCCCAGUUCACCACUCAGGAACCAAAUAUAGAGGAGGAGGAGUCAGAACAGCCAGAGGCAGGGCUUGGCGAGGAAACGCCAGCGUCUGCAGUGGAGGAGCCUGUAGAGGACGACGAUGCCAACAGCCAAUCAGUAGACUCUUUAAUGGCUGACUGGCAGGAGGACUUGGAGGCCUUCAAGCAGAUGGAGAAGGAUGAACUUUGAUGUCCUCGGUUGACCGUGGGUAGGUCUCGUAACAGCCAUAACGAAAAAGAGACUGACUGAAGCGUCAGCUCAGACAAUUGUGGACACUUUCAGACACACCUGAUGAUGAGCUCUGGUUGAGCAGAGUUCAGUCACCUGUGUGUCAAUCUCAGGUGCUUCUUACUGAGCAUAACACUCACCUGUGCAAGCUCAAACUCACAUGGACCUAUUGCGCCCAGCCCCCUUCUCCCAACAAACCCAAAACGGGGUCCAAACUAGCUCGUCUUUGCUGUUGUCUUCCUUCUUCCAAAUCUGUGCUUGUUGAAACAUGGGUUUAAGUUCUGAACAUCAGUUUAAGUGAUUUUAAGAGCUUGCUGGAACUGUGACGAAUCAUUCUUACGCAAUAGGAUUUAUAGGCCUUCUAUUUUAAUUUCUCAGAGUUUACAGGGUCAUUGUUGAGAAGUGAGAAUGAUUCACAGGGGAGAGCAGGCCAUAGAAACUUUGCGGAAUCUGAUAACUGUAUAUAUGUAUGUACGUAUGGUUGCUUGUAUGUAUGUGUGUGUGUAUGAAUGGUUGAAUGGCUUUCAUUUCUGGAAUAGUCUGAGAGUCAAACUCUUUAAUCGUGUGCCUCAAUAUCCGUUGAUUUCUGCUUCUCGUACUCACCCUUAACACUCCACACACUUCCUGACCAAGGAAGCAAAAUGUCUUUGGAGCCAUGUGAGAAAAACGAGCAGUGGCUCUAUUCAGCUUUGAAUUUGUAAGGACGCUUUUGAGCACAAGUCUCAAAGGUCAGUUAUUUAUCAUGCAUAAGUGCUGAACAGGUAGCCAACUGUCCAUAACUGUGCAUUAAAAUGUAAAAGGCAGAAAAUGAGGUUAGGACAUCAGCUUUGCUAAAUGUGGGCCUCUGAGUCCAAAUAGUCUUGACUACGGUUACUCAUUCGAGGGUCCAAAAGAGGUGUGAAAUCAAUACUGUCAACCAGAGGGUGCUGUCGCUUCACGUCUGCACACAGGACUGACUGACUGGACUUGACAACAAGGCAAGAAGAAAAUAACAUCAUAAACUGGAAAAUAAACUUGUUGAAGGCAUUCAAUGCAUUUGUUAAUUAGGCUGUUAAGGUCUUUACAUUUGAAUGGGACUGUAUGAAGAGAUGAAAAGAGUGAAAUCAGCAGGUUGUGGCCAAUAAAUGGUAAACACACA